AUGUCCUCUUCUACCCUUCCUGAUGCCUCCGCCCAAGUCUCCGGACACGCCGCCGCCAAUUCCACCAGCGCCGCCGAACUCGCCAGUCUUAAAGUAAGCCUGCGCUCCGCUCUGCGCCAGUUCCCGGACUUCCCCUCCCCGGGAAUCUUGUUCGAGGAUAUUCUCCCUAUCUUCGCCAAUCCGACUCUUCAUGAGGCCCUGAUCCGCUCUCUGGAGCUCGAGAUUCUGGCCAAGAGCGGUGGCCAGAAGCCCGAUGUCAUUGUUGGUCUUGAGGCCCGUGGCUUCCUGAUCGGCCCCAGCCUGGCGCUGCGUCUCGGUGCUGGCUUCGUCCCCGUUCGCAAGCAGGGCAAGCUCCCUGGUCCUUGCAUGACCCAGGCCUACGAGAAGGAGUACGGUCAGGACUUCUUCCAGAUGCAGUCUGAUGCCAUCAAGCCCGGCCAGAAGGUCAUUGUCGUGGACGACAUCAUUGCCACCGGUGGUUCUGCUUACGCAGCUGGUGAGAUGAUCAACAAGAUGGGUGGCGAGCUUCUGAGCUUCCUCUUCAUUCUCGAACUCGAAUUCCUUCACGGACGUGACAAGCUUCCGGCUCCUGUCAACACUCUUCUCUCUGGCCAGGCUUAA